AGCAAAUGAGAAACGCCCCCUCCCCGAACCGGGAAAGUAAGUUGGGUAAAAACAUGAUAUCAGGCGGAUAGUCAACAGUCAACAGAUGAAACUGAGAAGAGUAGAGAAGAGAGGAGGAGAGGAGCGUUAGAUGAAGAACUGAAAGAGAGAAAGAGAGAAGGACUUAAGAGGUUUUAGAUGAGGCUAAAUUUGGGUAGAUAUGUCCGUUUUUCAAAGCUAAUUUCUCUCCAGGGCUGUUGUUUGGAGCCGUUACAUAAAGCUAUUAAUUAUCUCGUACCUGCUGUUCGCCAGCGGUAACUAACUUCGUCAUUUAUCCACCUGAGCCGCACAGGUGGCGGAGCUCCGUGCGUGCGUCUCGUUUCCGUCAGUCUUUAGCUGGCUUUAGGGCUUCUCUCUGGUUGGUUGGUUGGUUGAUUGGUUGGUCAGUAGUUUACUCACCCAGCUGACUCCAGUUCACAUGUCCUAACUGGUGGCAGCUGGUUUCAGACAGACUCCCAGAGAGAACCGUUUCUGUUACCUGUUCUGACUCCACUCAAACCGGCAGCAUGCCCGAGGCUGGCACAGACAUGAGCAUGGACCGGCUCUUCGGGGUGAAAGCUCCGACCUCCGUGGCUCCAGAGAGCCUCCCGCCCUCCUCCUUAACCAGCGGUCCGCCCGGAGACAUCCUGCGGAACUUCUACCACACCAAGAGAGUCGGGAACUACCUGAUAGGAAGGAAACUGGGAGAGGGGUCCUUCGCCAAAGUCCGGGAGGGUCUUCACGCUCUGACCGGGGAGAAGGUGGCAGUGAAAGUGAUCGACAAAAGAAAGGCCAAGAAGGACUCGUAUGUGACGAAAAACCUCAGACGGGAGGGCCAGAUCCAGCAGAUGAUUCGCCACCCCAACAUCACCCAGCUGCUGGACAUCCUGGAGACAGAGAACAGCUACUACCUCGUCAUGGAGCUCUGCCCAGGAGGAAACCUCAUGAACUACAUCUACGAGAAGAAGCGGCUCGACGAGAGGGAGGCGCAGAAAUACAUUCGCCAGCUAGUCAUGGCUGUGGAGCACCUGCACAGGGCUGGAGUGGUACACAGAGAUCUAAAGAUUGAAAAUCUUCUUCUGGAUGAAGAGGACAACAUUAAGCUCAUUGAUUUUGGGCUGAGCAACUGUGCAGGAAUCCUGGGCUAUUCCGAACCUUUCAGCACUCAGUGCGGCAGCCCGGCCUACGCCGCUCCCGAGCUUCUCUCUCGGAAAAAGUACGGACCCAAAGUAGACGUCUGGUCAAUCGGAGUCAACAUGUAUGCCAUGCUUACGGGCACCCUCCCCUUCACCGUGGAGCCAUUCAGCCUCAAAGCCCUGCACCAGAGGAUGGUCGACAAAGACAUGAACCCUUUACCCCCUUCAGUCUCCUCAGCUGCAGUUAGUUUACUGAAGAGCCUGCUAGAACCAGACCCCGCCAAGAGACCCAACAUUCACCAGGUUAUGGGAGACUCAUGGCUGCAGUUAGGGAACCCACACACUGGAGUCCCAUACUUGAACAGGAUCCACAUUGAAGAAAUUAACCACACGGUUCUUCUGCACAUGACCGAGCGGAUGGGCUACAAGCACAGUGAAGUCCUCAGCGCUGUUCUCACAAACAAAGCCUGCCACACUCUCGCUGUCUACUUCCUCCUCAACAAGAAGAUGAAGAGACUUUCCAAAGAAUAUCGGGAGAAGCAGUUCAGCAUGGAGAAGGAGAAAAAGAGCGAAUUGUUUCAGACACAGUGGAGGAAACACAUUGAGAAAGUCACUAUUCCACCAAAGCAGACACCAGUUUAUCUGGCAGUGAGCAAAGGACCCACCAAGGAAAAGAAGCAGAAAACAGGACUCCUCAAAGCGAUGACUGGUCUCAAGGAAGCUUACUCAGGCCGAGGUGGCUGUAUAGCCUCUUCCUCACUGGAAUACCUAGAGAUCCACCCUCUCUUUUCACGAGAAGUUAGCCACCUGGAUGCCCAGCCACCCCAGAAAAAGAGCUCCAAAGACGUGAAAGCCGUGGACGUCCCAGCCCGGCCGCCCUCCUCUCUUGGUGCUCACUCCUGGGCUUCAGCGAGCAAGGAACCCAAAAAAGAAGCCCCUCCAUCCCCCUGGUACAAGCUCACCAACGGUGCUCUCUCUCCACCUCGCCAUGUGUCUGCCUUCCAGCCAGACAGCUCCUACCUGAAGAAGGCCACAAUCCCUAGCCCUCCAGUGCUUAUCGUCAAACCCCAGCCUAAGAAGGCCCCCCCUACCGCAGACUGGCCUACCCCAAGCCCUCCAGAGUCUAACAGUGGGGGCAGUGGGAGCAGCGAAAGUAGCGGAAGCAGUGGAAGCAGUGGGGCCAACGACGAACCAGAUAGUCCGCAACAUCGCAGCAAGUUUCCCUCCAUGGGCAUUGGACAGAUCCUGAAGAAGAAGGUUCCACCAUUUACCUUCCAGGUGCCGCCGUUCAGGCCAGAAAAAGCAGUGGAGGUGGAGUCACCCACGCCCUACCACAUGCAAACUCUGCUCUGUGCCUCCGGGGCUCUCAAGACCCUGUGCUGAUUUUGAACUUUAAACAUAAAAGAUAAAGGAAUGGCUUAACCAAAAAUGUGCUAAUUGAUGUGAGCAACAUUAAAUGAUGGCUAUCAGUUUUCAAUCAAGUCUACCAAUGUUUUUUAGGCAUGUGCAUUUUUGACUGAACCAUUCCUCAAAAAAGAAGAAAAGAAAAGAAAAAACACAGAGACAUAAAUUGUAUGCAGUAAUAGUUUUCACCGCUAAUGCUUAAUCGUUCUGAAGCACCAGGGCUUCAAACGUGACUGGGCGAUUUGACAUAAACCCUCCGGGGAGUUCACUGACUUCUGUCCUUGAUAUGCACAGAUAGAACAGAUGCCUGCCUGUAGAGAGCACGCACACUCCAGCUCCGAACACUGUGUUAGAUUUAUUACCUCUUACGCAACACUGCCAGUGGCGUGUCCGUCGCUAAGACGGACCCUCACGAGCAUCAAGAAUGCUGACUUUAAUAUCUGAUAUCUGUUUCCAUAAAGCAGUCUUAGCCAUCUGUCACUGCAAUCCACGUUCAAGGAUCAGACAAAAAGACUCCUAUUUUUUUCCUUUCAUUCCACCACUCACGUUCCACGAAGAGAUGCUGCACCACUGCCAGUACGGUAUUUGCAUGUACCUCGGAGCUCCUGUGAAGCAAUACAGCCUGAGAACGUUUGCGUCCUGGCCGCUUAUAUAUAAUUACACAGCCGUGUGAGUUUGAGCAAUCGCUGCGUACCGUAGUUCCACCUCACAAGUUCCACAGACACUCAGGUCUAGCUGUACUUCAUAGAUCAAGCCUUCUUCCCCCUUUAGCCUUUAGCUGCGCACCUGAACUUGCGUAACUGUUAACAUUCCUUUUUUCUUACUUCCCUCGAACGAAGAAGGUCGCUGGACGUGUAUAGCCUUAAAUAACUUGAGCUUCGAAUGGGAGAACCUGAAGCAGAAUCGUGGUACAUUCUGUAGCCUAUGUGUAGUUUUGACUGUAUGGGAGUGGGCUCAUCAUCAUUUGUGACAUAUAACACACACAUCAUUCUGAAAUGUUGAAUGAUUAAAAGGUAGACUGUGCAAUAGUGCGUACACAUUGAUAGUUCACAGCGCUGAAAGUUGCCAAGAUGCUUAAAUAUAUUUUCUUCUUUAUUUUUUUUUAAAUCCCUGUUUGUCCAUUGGACGAUUGUGAUCCUGUGAUGUAAGAUGUGCUUGUAAAUAUGAAAUCCAAGUGUCUUUCAUCUCAUGCGUACUCAUACGUUCAACUCGUCCUGCUCUCAUCGCACACUACUACUGUAUUUGAGGUAUAAAGCUAUCGGCUUUCCAAAGUCUUCACUUGCACAGAAGGCUACGAACUGUUUGUUAAUGAACUCUUUUUCCAACGUGGACUACUUCUUUGCAUGCACUGAACACGUUUCUUUUUUGGAAAACUGUGUGUCGGAUUUUGGAGACCUCAAUUUGUACCUCUUUGUUACGACGAGGAAUGGAUCAGAGGUUGAAAGUCUUUUGAAUUGCGAAGGUCAUUUUGUAAGCUUUUGUAGCGAGUUGAUGUGCUUAUGUGAGAAGAGAUUUUUAUGCUGUAAAGAAAGAUUUUAAAUAUUUAAUAUUUAACACUUGAAAAAAAAUGAAUAUUUGUGUACUGGGUUUUUCUUUUCCACUCCUUUUAUGACACUUCUUACUACACAAUAAAAGUGCACAAGUGCUGAUUUA